GGCCAUCGCAGGCUCCAGUGUCAAGGCUUCAAUGCUCCUCUUUCUCACCGCCUUCUGUUUUGGCCCGUCCGUUUGUGGCAAACAAUGGCGUGCUCUCUCCAGAAAAUGUUGCCAUUUCAAUGAAGGACGCCAUCUUGUCCACUACCCGCCGAUGAAACGACUGAUCGCGUGGUAUCGCCGGUGUCGCGCCCCUUCCUCGUCGUCAUCCUUUGCCUUGCCUUCCUCGUGCGCGGCUCCUUGCGAUCAAACACGCUGUCAGCGUGAUUACUGAGAUGUGUCACCUCUCCACACUUUUGCAAUGACUGGAAACGUAAGAGCUGGAGCAAGGAGCCCAGGGCUGCCCAAGAGGCUUGACCGCCCGGGCUCCGACGCACUGUUCAUUCGCAGGAGCCGCGUCUUCCAGACUUCGACCGUCCCCACAUACGCCAUUCCCGGAGCAGUAAACUUUCACUGCGUCUGCUGCCUCGUUUUCUGCCAGCCUAAUCGCAAUCACCCACAGACCGACUGAUCGAUGGACUGAUUCCUCCUCCUCCCUCCGUCUGCGCCGACUAGUCCAAUUGUCCUCGCACCACACAACAUCUGGAGAAAUUGGCAUCUCCUGUGCGGCAGGACGACUUUCGGGCUCCGUGACCAUUUUCGUCGCAUCUUAUAUCUGUCUUCUCGUUUCCACUUUCUACUUCUCUGUCUCUUAUCUCUUUUUGUGCCAGUAGACCACGAUCUCUUGCCUCAGACGCAAUUGACCAGCACACAAGCAAACAAGCAUACAGUCCUUCUUGCGUCAACAUAGCACAAACCACAACCAUGGGAUCCUACAACCCAUUCCCAGACUCGCCACCAGUAUCGCCCCCAAACGGCUAUCACGGCGCAAAUGGCUUCUCGACUCCGCUGUUCCCAGCGAAGCCCAACAUCCUCUUCAUCAUGGCGGACCAGUUGGCAGCUCCUCUGUUGAAAAUGCACAAUCCCAAGUCCCAGAUCAAGACACCGAACCUGGACAAACUCGCAGAACGAUCCGUGGUCUUCGAUUCGGCAUACUGCAACUCUCCACUGUGCGCUCCUUCUCGCAUGUGCUUGAUUAGCGGACAACUCCCCUCCAAGAUCGGCUCCUACGACAAUGCCUGCUCCAUUCCUUCCGAGACCCCUACUUACGCGCAUUACCUGCGAGAGGCAGGCUACGAAACCACCUUGGCUGGAAAAAUGCAUUUUAUCGGAGAUCAGUUGCAUGGGUAUGAGAACAGAUUGACUGCGGAUAUUUAUCCGGGCGACUAUGGCUGGGCGGUGAACUGGGACGACCCCGACCGCAGACUGGAGUGGUACCACAACAGUAGCUCUAUUCUGCAGGCGGGGCCAUGUGUGCGAACAAAUCAGCUCGAUUAUGACGAAGAGGUGCUGUACAAGUCGAAGCAGUAUCUGUACGACUAUGCCCGUGCAGCCCCUGGAAAGAGGCCAUUUGCGUUGACAGUAUCGUUCACUCACCCUCACGACCCUUAUGCCAUUGAGGACAAGUAUUGGGACCUGUACGAGGGCGUGGACAUUGACCUUCCCGAUGUCAGCCUCAAACCAGAAGAACAAGAUCCUCACAGCAAGCGCCUCCGACACGUCUGCGAGCUUGAGGGCCACGACUUUACUGACGAGCAAAUCAAACGCGCACGACGGGCAUACUACGGUGCUGUGAGCUAUGUCGAUGACUGCAUUGGUCAAUUGCUUGAAGUUCUGCAAAAGUGCGGAAUGGACGAGGAUACUAUUGUCAUGUUCUCUGGUGAUCACGGAGAUAUGUUGGGCGAACGAGGACUUUGGUACAAAAUGUCCUAUUUUGAGAACUCGGUCCGGGUACCCAUGCUCAUCAGCCAUCCGGCUCAAUUCACUCCUCACCGGGUUUCCCAGAACGUGUCCACCUUGGAUCUUAUGCCCACUCUUGUGGAGCUGAUCGGAUCGAAACUAGUUCCGGGUCUGCCAAUGGACGGCCUGUCCUUGUUGCCUCAUUUGUAUGGUGGAAGCGGUGGUCACGACACUGUUUUCGCCGAAUACAUGGGUGAAGGAACUGUGGCACCAUUGAUGAUGAUUCGGCGUGGAGACUGGAAAUACAUUACCUGCCCUAUCGACCCACCCCAGCUGUUCAACUUGCGCAAGGAUCCUCAGGAACUCGUCAACCUGGCUACGAGCGAGGACCCUGAAGCGCAGGCUGUCUUCAAGGCCUUUGAGAAUGAAGCCAACAAGAAAUGGGACUUUGAAAAAAUCACUCAAGACGUCCUCACCUGCCAACGUCAACGCCGGUUGGUCUGGUCUGCCUUGACCAAGGGCCGGUUCGAGAGUUGGGACUGGAAGGGUCAUGAGGACGGUCGUACCAAGUAUAUCCGGUCUCAGACUCCUCUGGACGAGCUGGAGCGACGAGCAAGGUAUCCCAUGCACAGCAACAUUCCGGCUCAUAUCACAGUCAACAACAAGGCCGAGGUGGUCUGUCUUCAACCGAAGAGAUUGACCGAGAUUGCCAGUGACGCUGUCCACUACCGUUAAACGACCGAGAAGCGUUUGUUUAUGAACUGAGCAGCGAUGUUUGCUUGCUACGGCAUCUUUGAGUCUACUACAGGGAUAUCAUGUUUCUAUUGCUGAGCGCGGCGUUGGGCGUUUGCUUCCACAUGGUUUCGCACGCAAUUCCUAUGAAUGAGGGUCAAAGUGGACUGGAUGGGGAAGCAUACAAUACUACCUUAUACAUGCGUAUCAUGAUGCAUAGCCAUACGGGUUCGAAAUGAGUGCAUUCCAAAAGCUGGUGUCUUGAUUCGUAUGGUUUCCCAGGUGUCGACGUCGAUGGGUGCUUGACAUAAUACCUUAUGAUGACACGGAGAUGUUUCACUAUUCUACAGACCUACAUCAGGGAUGAGACGAAUCAUAGAACUACUACUAGUAUCAGAACACAUCCACUACUUACAUACCUAGGAAGUACUCUCUCCCCACUGCAUAUCAC